AUGCCUUUCUGCAGUGAUAUUUUCACCAUUGUGCCCAUGGAGGGAGAUAUCUUGCCAAAUUCUUCACUUGAAAUCAAUGUGAUCUUUAAGCCCAAAGAAGCCAGAGUCUACCAAGAGGCAGCCUACUGUGACAUCUCAGGCUGUGAGACCAGGCUGCCCCUGUGCAUCAGCGGGGAAGGCGUCGGGCCCCAGGUGGAACUCAGCUGCGACCAGGUGCUCCUGCUCAACAGAGGAGUUCCUGAGGCUCCCUUCAGCGUGGUGUAUCCGGAGAGAGCUCUGGACUCCUGCUACGAGGUGGCUCUGCGUGGGGAGGCCUCAGGCAUCAGCUACCUCCUGGACACCACCGAGAUCGACUGCGGGCUGCAGGUGUUUAACAAAGUCUCGGAAGCAGCAGUGACCCUGCAGAACAGUGGGAAGCUCACUGCAGCCAGCCCUCUGCCUGGCGUGCCCCUGGUCGUGCCCAGCAUGGGUUACGUUGAACCUGGCAAGCAGCAAGUGCUGAAAGUCUAUUACCUGCCAGGAGUGCCUGGAGUCUUCUGCAGGGCUUUCCAGAUCCAAGUGGGUCACCUGGAGCCAGCAAAAAUCUGCCUGAAAGGAGAAGGGACCUUUCCCAGGAUCCACUUGGACCUGCCCAGGAACAUCAAAGGCAACGCCAAAUAUGAGAAGAUCCUCCAAAAGGCCCAAGAAAAGCUGGACAAAGGCAGCCAGAGAGACGAGGCCAUUGCUCUGGGGGAGGCUGUGGCAGCCGAGCCCUGCAUGGACGACUCAGGCACCAUGAUCAGCUUUGAUAACUGGGCAGGGAGAGACACUGGUGUUCAUUUCUUUGGAGCUAUGAUCCUGCCUGAGAGAGCAGGAAGUGUCCCAGACACUGAGCAAGCUGAGCUGCCCGAAUACAUCCUGGACCUUGGCUAUGUCGUUCCCGGUGACAUCCACACACACAUGGUGAAGAUCACCAACACUGGGCACUUCCCUGCAUCUUUCCGUGUCGAUGGAUAUGUCCUGUAUAACACAGGCUUCAGCGUGUGCCUGGAGCGUGUGAAGCGCCUGCCCUCCUGUGAGAGCAAGACAUUUGAAGUGUGCUUCGACCCACAAAGUGCCAACGUGCCCCUGGGAAAAGUGGAUGUGCUCCUGCCCAUCAAGAGGAGGCCCCACAUUCCAGGUCCGCCUCCGUGCCAUGGUGGCUGA